AUGGUGCGCUUUUUCUCUCGUUCAUACUUUACGCCUGCCGUUGUCGACCGUAUUUCUGCGGCGUUCAUCUGUAUUACAUUGCUGGGUGUGGCUUUACGCUACUGCUGGUUCGAUGCCAGAGACCCAUUCAAAUGCGGCGCAAUACUCAACGAAGGCGAAUGGCUCGAUUAUCCCCUAGAAAACUCAACUAUAGUUCCCGAAAAUUGGCAGCCUCCGGGCUGUAUGAUGCACAAAUACAUCUCCGACGACGUUUCAACUUGCCUAGCCAACCGUCGGGUUUUAUUUAUUGGGGAUGCAUCUAUUCGACAGGUUUUCUGGUCUGUGGCGAAGGCGUUGGACCCUAAAGCAAAUCCUGCAACGGCCGAAAAGCAUGUUGAUAUAACAGUAGAAAAAAGCGAUGUCAAGUUGGAAUUUGUCUGGGACCCCUGGCUCAAUUCGAGCAGGUUGCACAAUGAACUUUCGUCAUAUAACGAUGGAAAAGUGCAGGAUGUAUCUGGAAAUCCACCCGCUUUGUUUUUGAUGGGAUCCGGACUGUGGUAUGCAAGGCACGAAAAUAUGAAUGGUUUAAAGAUGUGGAAAGAUAGCAUCGAUGAUGUCGUUCAGCACAUGAGAAAGGGUCGCAGGACGACAGACAUGACUGAGUCAGAUCUCUUACUAAUUGCUCCAGUCAUUGUACCAGCAUGGAACAAACUCAACGACGAUCGCAAGGCGACUAUAACUCCACAAGAAAUCAGAGCUAUGAACCAGUACCUUCAACAGCUGUCAGAUUUUCAGGGUGUGGAUGUCAUCUGGUCAUGGCACGAAAUGAUUAAAAAUCUGCCACAGGUGUACGAAAGCUCGGGCAUUCAUUUGGUAGAUAGCAUUGCAGAAAAGCAGGCCGAGGCGCUGUUGAAUUUGAGGUGCAAUGCAGUAACAGCAACCAAAUACCCUUAUGAUCAGACGUGCUGCAAUAGGUACCGUGCACCGAACCAUGUUCAGUGGAUUGGCCUUUUGUUCAUUUUGGGGCUUCUUCCCGCAAUUCUUUACAUGAGGAGUAAAGAUGAGAAGACAGGAAUAAAGUCGAUUGCCCAAGCUGCAUGGCUUCCGUCCGAUGAUGUGGCAUGGGCUCUGCUAGUUUUUGGCCUGGCUGUCGUUUACUGUUUUUAUGCGGAUCGCACGCAAGUUUUCAACAAAGCUCACAAGCAAUACUUCACUUCGGACUUUUUAUGGGGAAUCGUACUAUCUCUUGCAGCUGGACUUUUUACUCUACGUAAAAACUCGGAAACCAACCCGGAUCAACCUUUUUUGAACCGUUUACAGACAGAUGAGUGGAAGGGGUGGAUGCAGUUUGCCAUUCUCAUUUAUCAUUAUACAGGGGCGUCAAAGAUUACUGUCAUUUAUGGAUUCAUACGUGUAACCAUCGCUGCGUAUCUAUUCAUGGCUGGAUACGAACAUACUCUCUACUUCCUUAACCAAAAGGAUUACUCAUUAAAAAGAGCUGCAUCAGUUCUGGUCAGGCUGAACCUUCUGAGUUGCGUGCUCCCAUUUAUGAUGGGCACAAACUACCUUUUCUACUACUUCGCUCCGCUGUGCUCGUACUGGUUCUUGGUUGUGUUUACAACUAUGAGGGUUGGAGAGCAGUACAACUCGAAUACCAAAUUCCUCGCCGCCAAAAUCGUACUCGCGGCGAUCCUUUCGGCCACAUUAACCCACUUCCCGGGGGUGUUGGAAGCUAUAUUUAGACUUGUCGGUUUCCUUGCGAGGACAGAAUGGGAUGUCAAUGAAUGGAGGUUCAGGGUCUCAUUGGAUAUGUGGAUCGUCUUUGUCGGCAUGGCUGUAGCAAUCGCGGUCAAUAAAAACAAGGAAAAUUCAUUCGCAUCAAUGCAAGGGUGGGUAUCCGCGAAAAAAUUCGCUACUAUCGCUUCAACUAUCGGUCUUGUACUGUAUCUUCUGUUUGAAGCGACAAGAGAUGACAAAUACGAGUACAACGCAUAUCAUCCAUACAUAUCCGUUAUUCCAAUUCUAUCAUUCAUCACUUUACGUAAUUCUACGCCACAGUUGAGAAACACUCACUCCAAAGUCUUUUCAUGGCUAGGGAGGUGUUCACUUGAGGCGUUUACGCUUCAAUACCAUAUCUGGAUGGCGGCAGACACGAAAGGACUAUUGGAUCUUGGUGCUUUCGGUUUGACCGAGCGAACAUCUAACUUUGUCCUUGCCACCAUCCUGUUCCUAUAUGUCAGUCACCGUGUUGCAGGUGCAACUGUUACACUAUCUAGGUGGGUUUUGGGGAUACCUCGGAGGUCCAACAUGUCGCAGCAACAGCAGCCAGGGCUUCCGACGUCGAGAGGGCCAGGCUUGGAUGAUGAUGACGACGAGCCAGAAGAAAUGAAUGACGAAGUGGCCGGUUCAUCUCGUAGAAGAAGUGGAGAGGAGUCGAAGUCAAGGUCGAGAGCAAAGACUUUGAGCGAAGAGGCACCAUCAGGGUACUGGGGGAACCUGAAGUAUCGGAUGACGGCAAUAUUGGUUAUUAUAUGGUUUUUGAGCUUGACUUAUUGA